GAUUUAUGCCAGCUUUUGAACCACAACCAAGCCCGAGAUACCUCGAAGGCAGGCACUCACAAUGAGUAGUACGGAGCUAGAAACAGAAACACCGCUCCCCAACAAACGCAAACGAAAUGCAGAGACCGCAGAGAUCGAGAUAGAUGUGGAGGCGCCCGAACCUCCGUCUAAGAAGGCUCUGCGCAAGGCGAAGAAAGCAAAAGUAUCUAAUGGCAGCAAGUCGCCCUCAGAAACAAACAAGACAAUACCGUCUACCGAAACACAGGAAGAUGCAUCUCGCAAAGUUUCUAAACGCUCCGAAUACGGGAUUUGGGUUGGCAACCUAUCUUUUGGCACUACGAAGGACGACCUGAUGAGUUUUUUGACCUCCGAUCCAACGAAUGCAAUCCCCCGAAAUCAGAUAACCAGGAUCCAUUUACCUCAAGGACCACCGAAAUUUGGCAGGGCACAGAACAAAGGUUUUGCCUAUAUCGACUUUUCAGACCAACAAUGCAUUGACAUAGGGCUCAAGCUUAGCGAGUCUCUUCUAGGCGGCCGCCGGGUGCUAAUCAAAAACGCAAAGAAUUUCGAAGGUAGACCCGAGCAGAGAAGAGAUCAGAUCGAGAAGCAGUCUCAGCCUCCAAGCAAGAGAAUCUUUGUUGGUAACUUGGAUUUCACCACCACAGUGGAGGAUCUGGAGGCGCACUUUGGGGUAUGUGGAGCGAUCGUCCAUACGCACAUAGCUACGUUUGAAGAUUCUGGGAAGUGCAAAGGAUUCGCGUGGAUCGACUUCGAACAAGUCGGGUCUGCAGAGAAGGCAAUGCGAGGGUGGGUUCAGCGAGGAGAUGGUGCCGACGACUCGCCUGCGAAGUCGAAUUCGUCCAAGAGCAAGAUCUUGCUGCAUAGACUUCACGGCCGCAAGAUGAGGAUGGAGUACGCUGAAGACAAGGCGACUCGGUAUGAGAAGAGGUUCGGAAAGGCGGCGAAGAAGGCGGCAAUAGGAGAGGGAGAUCUAAGAGAAGACAGUGGGAUCAACGAAGUAGACGACAGAGAAGAGAAAAGCGAACUCAUGGAGGACAGCAAGAAGACGAAGCCCAGCAAGUCUCCAGGGAAAUAUUCAGAGGAGACAGUACAGAGACUGACGGGUGCAAUCAUCGAAAGUAAAGGGCAGCGAACAGUCUUUGAAUAGACCCCAAAGCCACGGCACUCUAACGAAGGUAGCGAGUGUAGGUAUAAUAUGCAGGUAUCAUCCGAUCAUUAUUGCUCAGGGCACCAGCUGCCACGAGAUACCGAGUACAUGGAGUGACUGGG